AUGUCUGUUUGUAUGUAUUCCAUAGUUGAGAACGAGACUGUUUGUAAGACACAGUCUGUGUGGUUUCAUCGGAUGAUAUGGUCCAUAGAAAUAGUUGCCAAUGUCAUGAUCGUGAAAGUAGCAUACUUUCUUCUUGCUAGUAUUAUUGAUCUGUGUUGGGAAUUCUGCCAUCUGUCUCUCUAUCUUCACAAUACAUAUUUUGUUCAUUACCAUUGUAUUAUUGUAGAGAUAGAUAAGAGAGAUAGAUAUAGAGAGGGAAUUAUUAUGAGUUCUACGACAACUCCAUUAAAUACUAGUAAUGGUAGUUUACAAGGAUCACCAGCAGUAGCUAGAAAGCAGACGAUUGCAACACCUUCAUCUGCAACUUCAUCGACUCAUUCAUCACCAUCUAAUCAACGAAGUAAUAUAUUAGCAAGUACUGCUUCUUUCUCUGAUCCAAACAAUAACAAUAAUAAUAAUAAUAGUAAUGUAGUAGUAGAACAAGUUGUGAUUGAAGAUGAUCUUGAAGCAAUCCUUCAAAACUAUCUAUCAUCAGAAACUGAUGUUGAUUUAUUAACUGAAAAACUUAGUAAACAAUUAUCAACUCUUGAAACUGAAAUGAUAGUUGGUAUAUUGGAAAGUGGAAUGGGAGUAAAUGAAGUGGUUAGUCAAUUGGGAGAUAAAGAUCAAACACAUUUAACUGGUGUGACGGCAUGGAUAGACUAUUACAACAAACAACUGCAAGACAUGAAGAAAUACAUUGAACAUAUAGAGAGUAAAAACAACAAGAUGAACAUUGUAUCAAACAAUCAAAAAGAGUUGAUGAAGUCACUCGAGUAUCUACUCAAUCUGCUGACACUCGACGAAAAGACAAUCAAGUGUCUCAACACACCAGACUUUCAAUCGGCUGACGGAUUGGCCAACGCCAUCAAAGCAGCUGGUGACCUUAAAAAGGCACUACUCACUAAACUCAAAUCGGGUAUGGAGAAUAUGGUGGCUGUAAGAGACCAACGUAAAUUAUUCGAGACUUUUAAACUAUCGUUUUCCAUAAAGGUGUCGACUCUAAUUGAAAAAGAGUUCAAGAUAACUGCAGAGAAUCAUAAAGACUUUAGAGACUCUUCAUCUGUCAAAGAUGAUGAGAAACUACCCAUUCACAGCGCAUUCUUUGAUUCUCUCAAUCGUUAUCGUCCUCUUGCACAUUGGCUCAAACAAAUGGAUAUUGACAAGUUUCAUCCACUCGUUCCUCUCUAUGUCAAAGCUUACAAAUCAUCUUAUAAACAUGAUGUUAAACCUUUUUUUUCAAAUGUACAAAAUUCAAUAUUAAAAGAAUCAAAAGAUCAAAAUGACUUUUUUUCUACACAUGUUAAAAAAGCUUUGGAAACUAAUUCAAAACAACAAUUACAACCAACUCCACAAACACCUUCAAAAUCUUCACAUAAAAAACGUUCAAUUGAUGCCGCAUUUCAAUUAUGUUUAUCAUGUAUUAAUAAUGCUAUAAUGUCAGAACAAAGAUUUUUAAUGGAAUUUUUCUUAUUUUCAGAUCCACCUUCAUCAGGUAGACAUCAACAUCAUCAUCAUAGUCGUACUCAAAGUACUACAUCGACAUCGACAACUUCAACUACAACAAAUGAUUUAAAAAAUAAUAAUAGUUCAAUAGGAUUACAACCAUCAAAAUCUUCACCACAUCCAAUAUCACCACCAAUAUCACCAUCGUCGAUGAGUUUGAUUGAUGAUGGAGCAUUGGGUGUCAUUGAAAAUCCAUUGGAUUUCAUCUUGUCAAAGAUGUUUGAAAAGGUAGUGUCCAAUGAAUUAAAGGAUAUGGUAGUAAAGGCUGAUCAAAUCAAUCCAUUCUAUCUAUUGACAAUGUUGAUUGAAACUGAAAGACAAAUAGCUACUCAUUCUGUAUUGGGUCCAGACUAUAGUUCGUUUAUCAUUAAAAUAUUAUCAGAAGUUCAAAAAACAAUGAAAACACUAUUUAACAAAUUUAUUGAUUUACAAGUUGAUUCAAUUAAAUCAACUCAAUCUUCAUUAAAGAAAUGUGGAGUAUUAUCACAUUUUAAACAUUUCCCAAUAUUUGUAAAAUCAUUAGAGAAAUAUAGAUCAACUGAAGAAAUGGAAUCUAUAACAUCAUUGAUUAAUUCAUCAUAUUAUAAAGUGGUAGUUGCAUUGAAUUCAUGGAUGGAUCAAUUGGUUGAAAAAUCACCAGACGAGAAAUACAAAUUCAUUGCUCGAACAGAAAAUUAUUACUACUUGAGUAGUAGAAUGGGCGAAAUUGGUAUCAGUUGUCUCAAACCAUAUUAUGAGCAAUCUGACAAUCGUUAUAGAGACAACCUUCUCAUUUAUACCGAUUUCUUGAUAGGAUUAAAGUUUAAACCAUUAUUUGAUUUCUAUCAAAAGAUGGAUGAAUUGUUACUCACACUUCCACCAAGUGAUAUUCAAUUCCAACAAUCUCAUUCAAAACAACAAUAUAAAAAGAUUGUAGAGAAAUUUAAAACUGAAAAUAUUGAAAAAGGAUUUAUUAAAGCAUUGGCUAGUAUUUAUAAACAUAUAACUAGAGAUUCACCACUUAUAUUGGUUAUUUGGGAUUACUUGGAAGAAGUAUUCCUCGCCAAAUAUCAUCACUUUUUAGAGUUGACACAAAAGUGUUAUCAACAAUCAAUGCCUGUAUCAUCAGAUCAAGUAAAGGGUUUGAUUGCUGUUGCAUUUAAGAAAACUCCAACCAAAUAG